CAUAUCUACUAGUAUUGGAAGCCCAUACUUUCUAUAUCACUUCCAUCUCCUUUCUAUUUCUCAACCCCAAACUGCACCACCAUCACCGCCGUCACUGCUUAUGCACAAAACCCCCCAACAAAAACCUUCCCAACCCCCAUGUCUUCCCAAGUAAUCUUCCAACCCCUUCAUAAUUUUCACUCCACAGACUUCAACUACAGCCUCCAAUCCCACAACCUAGGUCUCCUUCUCAUUGUCAUCGUCUUCGCUGUCAUCCUCCUCAUCACCUGCUUAUACUUCUACUACCAUUUUGUCUGUCGCUACGGCCAUCUUUUACUUCCAAUCACCACCAACAACAACAACAACGACGACUUCAGCUCUGCGCCGCCACCACAUGUACCGGCUGAGUUGCUUGGACUCGACUCCACCACCAUCGACAAGUUACACACUUUUGUGCACCGGUCAAUGCCCUCUUCCAACAAGGAAGAAGAAACUGAGUGCUCGAUAUGUUUGGGAUUGUUUGAAGAUGAAGAUAUUAUUAAGGUGUUGCCUAAAUGUCAGCAUGCUUAUCAUACUCACUGUGUUGAUAAAUGGCUUAGGACUCGGUCAAGUUGUCCUCUCUGCAGAGCGACUCUCCAAGUAGUUCAAUCUCCAAAUGAAUUUUGCAGUGAUUCAAUUGCAGAAUAAGAUAGUGAGAAGAAGAAGAAGAAGAAACCAAAAGAAGAGUCGAUCAACGUUUUUCUUUCAAUUACUUGGUUUUGUUUGUUUGGAAAGCAUACAUAAUAUAGAGUGCAAUGGCCCCUCUCUUUUUCCAAGGAUGUGGUGGCGAGGCGAGCGAUUCUCUGUGUUGAAAAUUUUAUUUCUCUGUCUUCAUUGUAUUUGAAGUUAAUACGAUGCGAAGAGAAUCUCAAAAUCUAAAAAAUUUAUGAUAAAUAUAUUGAGA